AUGCGCCGCUCUACCUCAUCUACCUCCACUGUUGCUACUCUAGAGGUUCGUGUAGUUGAGCUAGAAAGAGAGGUUGCAUCGCUUCGCCAAGCUUUGCGAGCCGUGGAAGCUCGCCUUUCCUCAGCUGAAUCAAUUGCCGGAUUUGAGUUAGUUGACGAGCCUCCGUCACCUGCUGCUGACCAGGCAACUUCGGCGACUUCGGGCCGCCCUGCUCCACGUGAUCAAGGUGGUGCUCAGGCUGUUCGUUUUGCCAAGCUGCUUGGCAUCGGGAAUUGGCUGCGCAAUUCGCUUGCUGGCCAGCGCAGAGGCAAGUCUGGGAGGGCUGAGUUGAAAGAGAGAUCUGAGGUGUAUUUAGUAGCUCGAUCUGCUAGAGGCACCGUUUUUGAUCCAGUGCGCAUUUACACAUCCUGGUCAGAAGCUGAGAAGGUUGUGCGAGACCAAGGAGGAUUCAAGCAGAGCCUGUUUGUGGGCUUACCCACUUGGGAGGAGCUCAGGUCGGCCUUGGUGAAUCAAGAGAAUUUCACUGCUGAUCCAGAAUACUCUUUAGGACUUUUCACAGUGCCACCUAGUACUGAAGUUGAAGAGUCAAAGUUUUGUAUUAUUUUGAUUUCGGAGGUGGACUCCAAAUUUUUGGUUGCUGUUCCUGGCGCCGCCUGGCACCGUACUGUUGCUCAACGUUUGUUGCUGCCAAAGAGCCUGAUCAAACCACUCAGUGUUGCUGUUGCUGCCUGCACUUUCGAAGAUCGGAUUACCAGCCUGGAAGGGGUGUUUACUCGCUGCUGGGUUGGCUAUCUGUCCCCUACCUUUGAAGCAUGUGUCUCCAUCUUGCAAGAUCUAGACGGGGGAGAGGCGGUGGGGUUUUGGACCGAAGACGAAAGCCUCCAAGUUCUACCCUUCGCAGACGGACUUGUGUCAGUUGCCGACGACAAGUUCUCCUUCCUCACUGCCGAAUCAGCCCAUCAUCCUGCAGAAGGAGACGAAUCUCAUGGAAAGCGAUUGGCAGCUUUGGAGGCCAGUCUCGAAGGCAUUCAAGAGAGCCUCCGGGUUAUCAUCGAUGGUCAACCUUUGUCUUCCAGAAGCCAGGCUGCUUCAGAUGUGAAAGCUGCCGCAAAGACGCCUGUGGCUCCUCCGGCCUAUCCUGGGCUGGAUCCGAGCGUAGUCCAUUCAGCAUUGGCCAGCGGGGUGACUCCAGAUGCCCUUCGGGCUAUGAGUCAGAUGGUUCAAAAGACUCCAAGCAAGUUGGGCGAUUUUCCGAAGAAGAACGUGGCUGCUCAUCUGGAUGUGUUAGGAGAGACAGACGGAGAAGAGAAAGAAGAGCCUCCAGGGCUAUCAGCCUCUGGAGAUCCUGUUCAAGCUCUGCCUGCCGAUCCAGUGGCUGCAGCUCUGGUGCGACUGACCAGCAUAGCCGAAGCUCUUGCUGGAAAGAAGAAAGCCAAGAAUCUGGAGGAGAUGUUGGACGAUACUGCUGGCUACGAAGUGGGAGCCAGUUCCAGUUCCGGUUUGGGGACUCACAGGAGACAAGCUGCCAUCCUGACAGCGCUGAAGAAGAGCUUGGUCGAGCAGCCUGGAGAGCUCUACCAGGUGAUCGAAAAGAAGAUGCUCGAAGACUUUGGGUCUCGCGAGCUCAUGCCCGGGGAGCCUCCACGUCAGGGCAGCUUCCGGGGUUGGCUGGAGCAUCGCAGCCACAUUCCCAACAUAGCGGCCACGGUGAGAAUUUUGUGGUGCGUUGCUGGGGCGCUGGAUGCCAUACGCUGUGGGAAGGUCCAAGAGGGGCAGACUCGCCUCGCUCUUCUGUUGGCGAUGUUGGAUCAAGUAGCUUGCGACAGGGGGCAGUGGUUGAUUGCCUCGGAGCUAGCUCUAGAAGCGCCUCCACCUUUUUCUUCCUUUGCUCGACAUGCAGCUCCCGAUUUCCAAGAAGCUCCUCACACAAAGUUGCUCGACAGCCGCUGGGUAGAUGCAGUGAUGUAUCGCGUGAAGGAGCUGGACGAGUAUGCCGAGCGGAAAGCGAAACUGGGCAAGUCGCGAAAAGGAGGUGGUGGCAACCAAGAGGAUGUCGAGGCAGACCCCAAGCCGAAGAAGAAGGCAGGAAAAGGGAAAGAUGGGAAAGGCAACAAGACGGAGCAGCAGCCCGACCCAGCUCGAGCCAGCAGCAACAGUCUCAGCAAUCCGUGCCGAGAGUCCCUGGAGCUAGCUGUUCGGCAGAUGGAGCGGACGAUGCUGGCUUGGAAAAAUGCACCGGAGGUGACAGCUGCAGACAUGGGAAGGACGGCGUCCAAAGUUGAAGAUAUUGAAGUUGUUUUGAAUCAACUUGGUUCUUUUGAAAGUGUUGCUACUGAUAUUUUGUUUGGUACUAAUGUCGAGGGAAAACCUAGCAACAUGAGUAACAGUCGAAGAAGGAAACAAGGCUUUGCUCCAGGGUUGCAGCGUGUGCCCAUCGGGGAGUGGAUAGGCAGUUCUCGAACCACAAGCACUGUUGCAGCUAAACCGAUACAGAGCGAUCGACUUGAAUUUCCAGACAAACCUUCUUUCAGUCCAUCGCCGUAUUUGGAUGAGCGAAGCCGGUCUAUUUUUGAGCACCCUAUUCAGAAUGCUUUGGCUCCAGAGGAAGCAAUUGUGGAACCACCACCAGUCAAGAUACAUGCAAGCAACACAGAGAGAGACAAGCUCUUCCGCAAGUUGGAUGCAUGUGGUCGUUUGGGCAUGGUUGAUGAAGCAGAAGUGUUGACAGGUUACCAAGCAGGACUGUUUAGCGUUAUCAAGAACCUGAAAGCAGACCGUCUUAUUUUUGAUUCAAGACCUUUCAAUACUCUAGAACAGCCUCUGGGUAGAUGGGUCAAAGCCAUGGCCUCGACCAACCCACUGUUAGACCUUCAAUUGCGUGAAGACGAGGUUUGCCUCGUGAGCUCUACGGACUUAAGGGAUUUUUACUAUAGCUUCCAUAUUUCUUCAGAACGUCUGGUGCGGAACAGUUUGGUUAAUUCUGUUUGGGCUGAUGACUAUGCUGAUUUCAAAUGCUAUGAUCCCAAAGUUCAUCAAGGGCGUCGGGUCUUUUUUAGUCUGAAUACCCUGGCUAUGGGGGAUGCACAAGCGGUCGAAAUUGCACAGACCGCACACCUGGGCAUCCUCGUUCAAUCUGGACUUAUCAACAAAAAUAAUCUGGUGAGUAUGGAUUUGGCAAUACCCAGGGAGAAAAGCUUUGCAGGAAUCGUCAUAGACGAUCUGGUGGUGUUUGAAGUUAUGCUGAAAAGUGUUUUCCAUCAAUCCCCAGUGACCUCUCGUGCAGGCAGAGCCUUCCUGGAAGAAGCGCUUGGCGAGUACAAGCGAGUUGGAUUGCUGCCUCACCCGGACAAGACCUUUUUCGAACAGGCUGACAGUGAGUUUUGGGGCUGCCAAUUCGAUGGAUUGCACGGACUAUGCAUGGCAAACCUCAAGCGAAGCAUUCCUGUGAUUGCGGUCACAGCCCGUGUUUUGAAGAUGGGAGUCUGCAGCAUAAGCCUUUUGGAGAUCCUCACAGGAGCCUGGACUUCAAUAUUUCUUUUUCGUAGGCGUUUGCUUUCUCUGCUGAAUCUGGUUUAUCAAGCUGGGCAUGGUGAAUUUGCAAGGAACCAUGUAAUCCGGUUGUCACCGGAGCUGAAAGAAGAACUGUUUAUGUGCCUUAGUCUAGCCCCCUUAGCUGCGACGAACUUAAAAGUAGAGAACGCAGAACAUGUUUACUGCAGCGAUGCUUCAGAGUGGGGCAUCGGAGUCACUCGCGCUCCCUUGCCGAGUUGGCUACAAGGAGAGAUCCACAGACACAAGCUCCGGAAGUCAGUGUGGGUUCAUCUAUUGUCUCCCUUGAAGUCACUGCAGCGUAUAAAAGGAGUCCUUUCUCCGGCCGAAGAACUACCAGAAGGACAGAUGCUUGCCAGCCAUCCCUUGUGGAUUGUACUAGCCUCAGCCUUGCGAUACAAGGAGGUUUGUCGAAAAGCUAUGCCUCCCGGUCGGCAUAUCAAUAUUCUGGAGAUGCGUGGGAUGUUAAAAGCCGAAGCAGAAGCGGCGAAGACUCACUUUCCUGCACGUGUUUUCAGCUUAGCCGACUCUCAGGUCGCUCUUGGGGCUUGGGUGAAAGGAAGGUCUAGUUCUUUUGGCCUCAACCAGGAGCUCCAGCAGAGCCUCGGGAUCCACUUAGGAUGCGGCAUGUACAGCAACUGCGGAUACGUGCCGUCAGAGAUCAACACGGCAGACGAUCCGACUAGAGGGCAGCGUGUCCGAAGCCCUGAAGCUGCUCUACCUGAUGUUUUUCAUUCAGCUGCCCAAGGAGACAUUUCAGCCUUUGACCAGUGGCUGGAAUCUUACAAUGUUGACACCUACGCCACCUCAGGGCUUCCAGAUCUUCAAGAGCUACAAGGAGCUCCUUGCGGCUUGUCUGAAGACCUUGCUGAGCUCCCAGAAGUGCCAGAACCUAUGAGGCUGCGAGCCCCUGCUGAUCCAGGUGAGUCAGUCGGAAGUGGACCUUGCGUGCCUAGUUCUUCGAGCUCAGUGCAGGGUGGAUUGUCUCCCACUACUGCAGUACGGGGUCCGGAGGUACCACUUCCGAGUGACUCAUCUUUGGGUCCGGGCGCAGUGCAAGCGUCGACAAAGGAAAAGCGUGGCAUUCUUCAUGAAGUUCCCCUUGAGCAGUUUGUUUUGCCUGCGCAUCUGCGAGGCAAAAUGGAUGAGGACUGGCGGCCCAGCACUCCAGGUUUUCUGGAUCUUUACUCUGGGAAGAAAGGUGUAGCUAAAGCCCUCGUAUCCUUGACAGACACCUGGGUCAUCACCUUCGAACUGGAGGAUGGACCGAAUCAAGACGUGCUGAGCGAGCAGAACAAAAGCCUCAUUGAGAGGCUCCUCCGAAGCGGCUUCAUUCUCGGGCUGGGAGCUGCGAUUUUCUGCUCCUCCUUUUCUCGAGCAGUCAGACCACCCGUAAGGAGUGCCUCCUUGCCUUACGGAUUGCCCAACCUCAGUCGGAAGAUGGAGGAAAAAGUAAAACUGGGCAACCGUCAUGCCCAGUGGCUUGCCCACCUACUUCAAGUGUGCAUAGAACUCAAGAUACACUUUUGGGUUGAAAAUCCUGACGGUAGCUUUCUCUGGUACCUGGACGAGUUCGUCGAGCUGGGCGCUAGGACAGCUUCCCAAGUGUUCCGUUUGGACUACUGCACACUGGGGACCAAGUGGCGCAAGCGCUCUCGUUUUUUGACGAGCACUCAUCUGCGAGGACAGAAGUUUUGGUGCAGUCGUGAUCAUACCCACCUUCGCUUGUCUGGGUGGUCGAAAGUGCAUGGCAGAAGCUGGACUCGGGUAGCGCAGACCUAUCCGAAGAGGCUGUGCUUCUAUUUGGCCAAAGCUAUGCUCAUCGACUGCGGAUUGCUUCCUGAUCGCAGACAAAUUGACUUCAGCCUGAUCUCGCGUUGCGACCACAGCAGGAUUGGUGAAGCUCAGCAUCCAGGACCUCGACAGAAGCCCACAACAGCUCGAGCCAAUGUGGACUUAGCUGAUGUGAAACUUGUAACUGCUGCUACAGACCGUUUGGGUCGUAACAUCUGGGAUGGUUUUCUCCGUUGGCUUAGUGGUAAAGUCGGAAAUGUUUUUGCGGAAGAACUAGUACUUUGCCCUUCUACCCUGGAUCUUCUUUUAGCAGAAUUUGGGCGACACCUCUUCCAAAACGGUGAAGCUUUAGGUGCUUUGCGAGAAGAUGUACUGCUGCCUUCGGAUUUGUUGUCUGAACAGAUGGAUCGAGCGUACUUGCGGAUCAAGAAGCCGAAGUCCAGACUCCGAGGCAUGACCAGCUUCGUGAAACCUGAGAAUGCGUUGAAACGAGCGGAAGAACUUUUGGAGGUGGGCAAACAGAAUGAAGCUUUGGAGACCCUCCACCAUGCGAUUUUGCACAAAAGGUGGAAGAAUCAAUGGUCCCCCACUCUCGAAAAGAUCAUUGAGCGCCACCUCCAGCUGUGCGUGGAACUCCAGAAGAUGCGCUUUGCACGUGAAGGUUUGCACCAGUACCGAGCGACGUGUCAAGCUGCCAACAUCCAGUCCUUGGAGCAGGUCGUCCGGGUCUUCCGUAAGGCCGCCGAAGAGAAGGUGAAUCAAGCAAAGAAGGAGCAGGAUGUGAGGCUUGGAAAAGUUGCAGACUUGGAGGAGCUGGAUGCGCCGGAAACAAUUUUAUUGGCAGCUAUUCAAGCUGGCGAUACACGGCAACAGAGUCAGGACAAAGAUGUGCACACGCAUUUCCGCUUUCUGUGGGAGACGUACAAGGUGAUCCUAGAUGUCCUCAAGUCCAACAACCGUUUGGAGGAGGUCUACCACGAGACUUCACGACAAGCCUUCGAGUUUUGUCGGGCCAAUUCUCGACCACAGGAGUUCAAGCGCCUGUGCGACAUUUUGCGGAAGAACUUCCAGGAUUUGUCUAAGCGAACUGGUCCAAGUGGCCAGAAUCCAGUACAGCCUAACAAUGUUGAAACCAUCACCAAGACGCUGGAGACGCGUUGCAGACAGAUGCAGGUUGCCACCGAGCUUGACUUGUGGCGUGAGGCCUACAACACAUCGUCUGAAAUCUGCGAUCUCAUGGCGGCAUUGGGGAAAGUCAACCAGCGCCCCAAACCACAUCUCAGGUCCAUGUACUAUGAGCACCUGGGGCAGAUUUUCUGGAAGAGUGAAAACUAUCUUUUCCAUGCCUUUGCCAGCCUCAAGAACGUCUUCUUUGUAAAGGGGGCCAAGCAGAAUAUGCCCAAAAGCGAGCUUGAACUUCUCGCCUCACGGGCAGUCCUUGCCAUGCUUUGCGUACCUUUCCAGGAAAACUCUGACAUCCAGGCAUCCUUGGAAAUGUCCACCGAUGGUUCCCAUCAGUACGAGAAGGCCAAGAAGAAUGCAUUCCUCUUCAGUGCACAGAGUGUGCCAACGCGUGACUCCAUUAGCAGUCAAAUCACGGAGAAGAAUCUGCUGAGUCUUGCUGCAGAGCCCUGUGCAAAGCUCUUUGCCUUGGUCGAGUCUGACUUCACUCCGCUGUCCCUGUGCCAGGAUGCCAAGCCUUUCCUCGACCAGAUCGCUUCAGACGAUGUUUGCGAGGGAAAACUCAAAGAUUAUGUGAUGCCUUUGAAGCAAAUCAUCUUCUUCCGGCUCAUCAAGCAGCUUUCAGAGGUGUAUGUCAGCAUGACAAUUGAAGAUUUUGAGAAUGCAGCGUCCAUUGUGCCAUUCAAUAUUGCAGAAACUUGGAUGGCCAAUGCUUCUCGACAACAAGGAAUUAGCAUCCAGAUCAACUACAUGCAGAAAGCCAUUAUCUUCGGGGCGCCAACAAAGGUGGACAUGAAGAGCAUGAGGCAACCUCUCAUUGAGAUUGGCUACAAACUUCAAAAUGCCAUGCAGUGUGUGGCCCAGGAGGAACUUCAAAGGAACGACAAGCACGAAAAACAGCAGCUCCUGAGCAACAUCAAAGAGUUGAUGGACCAG